AUGGGGAUAGGAGACACAACCCAGACCUUCGGGCCCCUUCGUGUUUCCGCGCUGAACGAACCCCACGCCCACCUCCGCCGCAAGGGCUGCAACGCAGUCGUCUACGCCGACGCCGACCCCGAGUAUACGGGUUUGCAGGGGUUCGUCGACAACGCUACUGAGCAGGGACUCAACGGGCUUUACUCACCGGUCGGCCUUGCCAAGGGCCUCAUGCACGAGCUUGUGCUGGAUGUUCUCCACGCCCUGCCCAAGGUUAAGGAGACUGUUGCUCAUCACUACAGCCAUGAUGAGGUGCUGGCUUCCCCCGAGGUGGUCGCUCUACUGUGCAAGUUGAAGGGUUAUGCGGCUGAGAUUCAAGGUCAUUUUACCAAGAAGUUGCUGGUGCAGUCAUACUCUCUCGGCAAUUUCCAGAUGGAGGUUCGCGAGUCUAAGGGUGGCGAGGCGGCUGUGUCUGAACUUAAUUUGAGGUUGCAGGAUGCCAUUCCUCGCUUUGGACAGCUUGGUUCCUCCAGGACAAGCAAGCUUGAAUAGUUUAUGGGGAUAGAUGGGUUCAGGUUCGGAGCUGGAAGUGGUAUGUGUGGGGGAGUUGCGGUAAG